GAAUAAAGCUUUUUUUUUAUUUAUUUAUUUUAGAGCACAAUAUUCACGUUCUCUUUAAAAAGACGCAUAAUUAAAAUCCACACCUCAGGUUAAAGUGAUUUUCUUUUGCUCUCGCGCUAGAAACUAAUAAUCUUCCUAUAUAAACACUAAUAUUGCUUUUACACAUCAAUGCGCUCCCUACUCUUGGGAUUACGCAUAUGAAUGCUUAUGCGCGGGGAAGACAGCAGGCCCUUCCGGGCUAAGAUGGACAGAAUGUUGUUUGAACCUUCCUUCAAUAUAACUUCCUCUGAAAUCUUGAAUCAUUGUAGAGGUUUGGUCAUGGCAUUUUCACUCAGGCGUCACAUGUUUUACUUUAUAAAAGUAGAAACAUCGAAAAGUUCUGAUUUUCAACUAAAAAUUAUUAAAGAAAAUCACCAUGUUUUAUUUAAUCAGGGCAAGUUGAACAUUUUAUUUGUGCAAUUUACACAAUCAAUCUGAAGAAACUUACACUUUAAUGUUAAAUUAGAACAAAAACUUAAUUUUGUGCAGUUUUUGACAUCUUUGCAUUCCUUAGUCGCUCAACUUACGCGCGCAUUUGUUGGGAUAUUUUCCUCCAACUCCUCCCUUUAGAGUUCGUCCCGAAAGAGGAUGGUGCUGACUGUGAGGAGGAGGGGGAGGGGGUGGAUACGAGCUGGAGGGGUUGGUAGAAAGACCAUAGGUGUGCGCGCGCGCGUGUGGAGGGAACACGCUGAGUGUGCUUCUUUUCUAAUAGAGCCUGGGAGCGAAUUAUCUCCCCCUGUCAUCUCCGUCUGUGCGCCUGAUGCUCCGCCGCGUGCCGGGGCGACGGCUGGGAGAAGAUGUGUUGAUGUGAACGGAUCUCCUCAGCAGCAGCCGAGACUAAUUGGUGUGAUUCAUGUCCCCGUUGAGUGUGUGAGACUCACUCACAGCCGGGGACGAGAGUGGACGCGUUCCGCACGCAGGAGUGUUCGGGGAUGAGGGACUUCUGAACAGGACGGAAAGAAAAGGAUUGGCUUCAGGGUAAAGUUUCUCCUGGUGAAGAGGGAUUUCUUUUGUGCGCGCGGACAUCAUUUGACGCCCUGAUGGAAUGCCACUUGGGAGAGAGAGGAUGAUGGACACUUUGACAUGGCAGCUCUUGCGCAAAACCCUUUCCGUCUUAUCCAGGCGCGGUGUGGCUGCUGACCGAGCCCUCCCAGGACGGUGAUCGCUCAUUUGUUUUGAAGUGGCAGGAGGAGAAAAAAAUCCGGUUCUUGAUUGAAAACAAGAAGAAGAGUGAAAGGUGUGGGGGGAGGGAUGUUGCGCGCCCAGCGAUUCCUCGAAUGGACCGACGUGCGCACUCAUCACAUUCCCGUCCAGGAGCGCACCUUAAAGAGCUUCAUCUUUCACUCAGGUCCACACCGCGGCUCGGGACUUGUUGAGCUGCUCUGAGGGGAGCAACCGGUCCAAGAAGACCGGGAUUCCAGACAUCUUCAGAUCAUCACGCUGGACAUGGGCCACGAUUGACAACCAGGAGAACUGAGGAGACCUGCCAGUCACUCUCUUAUCAGUUUGUCAGAGGGCUAUCUCCUGCUCGGCUCCCUUGCUCCCUCUUCCCACAGUCCUCUCCUCUCAUCUUUGGACUGGUAACCUCACCCCUCUCUAGGUUCUCAAAAAACACAGACAAAAACAGAAAAGAGGUCUCGUCUAAGCCGACUCAUGCCCCCCCUGAAUGGAGCCUGACAUGCCUCCUCCUUACAUUUGAGUGAGCGGACAAAGCUGGGAGAAGAAGAGUAAUCCCUUGUUUGGAAACCUUCAAAAGGAAACACAGCUCCAUUAGAAGGAGCUGUGAGAGGAGCAGCCAUGCAUUUCCAGUUGGUGUUGAUGAUGCAGGCGAUCUGGACUGGCGUUUGCCACGCUGCCAUGCAGCAUUACCCUGCAGCUUGGGGCCACUAUGAUGUGUGCAAGUCCCAGGUCUACUCAGAUGAAGGUUUAACCUGGGACUACAUGGCCUGCCAGCCAGAAGCAGCAGACAUGACCCAGUUCCUUAAGGUGACCCUGGACCCCCCCAACAUCACCUGUGGAGACCCACCAGAGACGUACUGUGCCCUGGAGAAUCCCUACAUGUGUAAUAAUGAAUGUGAUGCCAGCACAGAGGAGCUUGCUCACCCUCCAGAGCUUAUGUUCGAUAUCGAAGGCCGCAACCCCACGACCUUCUGGCAGUCGACAUCCUGGAAGAAGUAUCCAAAGGCCCUUUUGGUAAACAUAACACUAUCCUGGAACAAGACCAUCGAGCUGACCGACGACAUCGUUCUCACUUUUGAGUCUGGUCGACCAGAGCAGAUGGUUUUAGAGAAAUCUCUUGAUUAUGGACGAAGCUGGCAGCCAUACCAGUUCUAUGCCACUGACUGCUUGGACGCCUUCACCAUGGAACCCAAAACAGUGCAGGACCUGACCCAGCACACCCUGCUGGACAUCAUCUGCACGGAGGACUAUUCUCGCGGGUACGUGUGGAAGUACGAUAAAACCGUACGUUUUGAGAUCAAGGACCGAUUUGCGCUGUUUGCUGGGCCACGACUCCACAAUAUGGCCUCCUUAUAUGGACAGCUGGACACAACUAAGAACCUGAGGGACUUUUUCACCAUCACUGAUCUGAGAGUCCGUCUGCUCCGGCCUGCCACAGGGGCUACGAUGGUGGACGAGAACAAUCUGUCCAGAUACUUCUACGCCAUUUCCGACAUAAAAGUUCAGGGGAGGUGCAAAUGCAAUCUCCACGCUAACAGCUGUGUGUACGACAAAGAGAAGUUGAGCUGCGAGUGUGAACACAACACCACUGGGCCCGACUGCGGUCGCUGUAAGAGGAACUACCAAGGGCGAGCGUGGAGUGCUGGCUCCUACCUGCCCAUUCCUAAAGGCACCGCUAAUGUCUGUAUUCCUAAUAACAUUGGUCCAGUUAACUGUGAAUGCUUCGGCCACUCCAACCGAUGCAGCUACAUCGAGGUGCUAAACACUGUCAUUUGUGUGAGCUGUAAGCACAACACUAGGGGCCAGCACUGCCAGCUAUGCAAGCUGGGCUACUACCGCAAUGCCUCAGCAGAACUGGACGAUGAAAAUGUGUGCAUAGAGUGUAAUUGUAAUCCCGUUGGCUCAGUCAGUGAUCGCUGUAAUGGCACAGGAUAUUGUAUAUGUAAGGAGGGCACUACAGGGCCCAAGUGUCAGGAGUGUCUACCCGGCUAUUUGUGGGACAAUGGCUGCAAAUCUCGGGUGUGUGACAACGAACUCCUGCGCUGCCAAAAUGGCGGUGUGUGUGAAAAUAACAUCCGCUGCAACUGUCCCUCAGCCUAUACGGGCCUGCUGUGUGAGAAGCCCCGCUGUGAGUCCGAGCUGGGGGGCUGCAAAGGCCCAGAUUCGGGCCAGGCCCCCCUGAGACCUCCUCCCCUCUGCAGUUUGCUGACUCUGCUUCUGCUGGCUUCUGCUCUCCUGACCGAGGCCUCCAGCUGGUCCGCCGUGCUCUGAAGAGACCUGUUACUAAGUGGGAGUGACACUCCUCCCACUGCCUUCACCUCAGCCCUCUCCCCUUCCCCCGCCUCCUCCAAAUAACCAUCAAAACAGAACAACCACAAGCUUUCUGGACCCUGAUGUUCGGAGCUUCUCUGCUGCCAGACUCUACGGACUUGUGCUGACAAUAAAGGGAAUAAGACAGACUGUGUGCAAAAACUUUCCAUUUAAUUUCAAAUAAAUUAUAUAAAAAUGUUAAAAAGAUAUACUUCCAAAAUAAAUAAAUAGUAUUAAAGAUAUGAGUAAGUGAGAGCUUGCCUGAUAAGAAACAAAGAACGGUGAGUUCCCCUUCCCCCUCUAAGCCAUACAAGGUACAUGAGCUCCUUCCAGUUUGAGAAGGAAUAACUCACGAUGACAGACUUGUUCACUUCCUCUCUUAUUGCCACGGCAACAGUAGCUGCAACCAAUCAGCUCUCGCACAAGCCGAUAGUGGCCGCGGAUCCCCUCGGGAUGCUUCUGCGAGUUAAUGUUUGCUGGACUGACGACGAAGAAAAGAAGAAAAAAAAUAAGACAACCGAACAACAAACUGUCCUCGCUGAGCGGCAAAGACUGUCCUCGGAGACUUACGCGUUCCGCUUCAAUGUGACGACAAACAGAAAGAGGUGAAAAACCCAGGAAGCAUUCUUUGCUGUCAGUGCAUUGUGGAUAGAAGGAAAUCUGUCCGGACUGCCACUUUGUGACACUAAACUUUGUCCAUGUUAUUCCCUUUCGGUCUUUCUGUCUCUCGUUCCAUCCUCCCUCCUCGUAAGGCCCUCACCUCUAGCUCCUCCCCCAUCGCCCCCACCCCACUCUCUAUCGCCACUGCUGACCCGUGCAUUCGUGAACGUUACUCUGUAAACCCUCUUGGCUGAAAGAUUCUUUUGUCCAAUGUCAGUGAUGCACAAGUGUACGAAACUCCGUCUCAUCCCCCAAAAAAGAUAAUCCAGUAAAUUUGUCAAGUUCUCUCCCUCUCUUUGUCUCUCUCUUUCUUUUUUGUUCUCCAUCUGAGAUCCGCGUCACUCCCUUGGUCGGAGGAAAGGUUUCACCUGAGCAGACAAGAAGCGCAUAGACAACCAUUGGUGUAUUUGCUAAUUCUUUUCUCAACAGAACAAACAACAAAAAAGUAAUGUAGUCCUUUGUAUUUCUGUCGAACUGAGAAAGAAAAAAGGCAACCUUUAAUGUAUCUAUUAAACACAUCCAAAUAAAUAUUCUUUUGUUUCCCAUAUCUUUUAUUUAUUCAUUUUUCACCAAUUGUUCUUUAAGUUGUGCCGUUGAUUUCCCUUUGUAUUGGCAACGUGCUGGCAUCAAAGAAUAUUAGUUUAACUCUCCAGUAUUAAUAAAGUGUACUAAAAUCCCACCAAAGGACAUGAUAAAUGUUUUGUUCUUGCUUUAACACUUGAGAAUUUAAGUGAAUAAAAGUCUAAAACCUAAA